GGAAUACAGCGGAGAGACAGAAACGCGCGCGAGUUCUGUCAAGUGGCGCCAACACGCAUCGAAACAUCGUGAUACAUUUCUAGGAGGGAAAAACAGAAAACAGCCGUUGAGGAAUCUUGUAGCGUUACGCAUUUUUGUAUUCCAACUAAAUCACUUAUUUUUCACGAAUAUAUAUGAACGAUUGUGAAAAAUCUAGUACAUACGCACUUUUCACGGUGUCUACAUCUUUUUCAAGAAAUCAUUGGGGAAAAAUUUUUUCAUGAUGCUGUCAGGUGACAGUGGGCAAGGGGAAUCAAUUUGUACUCCAAAUUCAGUCUCGAAAAGACUCUUUGGAGCGAGUGGAAGUUCGAGCAAAAGAAGUUUGUUCGGCAGGUCAGAGGAAUUUCGAAGUAAAGAUGCAGAAACGUCAGGCGACGAUUCAGAUUUGGGGCCAAUGUCUGCACUGGCAUUAACAGAUGGGACCGAGAGUAGUCGCGAAAGUUCGCCAGGGCGUUCAUUCGUGUCUCCUUUGGUAACGCCUGAAACAUCUCCACGAAAUUCGUCGUUCCAAACAUGGGACAGAUUGAAACCAAAUUCGUCAAAACAUUCUUUUGAUAUGCUGAAAACUCUCACUCGAGCAGCUCGCUCGUCUCCAAAUCGGAAAUUAUUUCCGAAUUCUCCCAAAUCUUUGUUAUCCACGCCGACUCGUAAGAAUCGGGAUGAAACAAAUAGCUGGGUCAUUGGAACGCCAGAGCGCGAAAUGGCGUUGCUCUUUGACGAGGAAAUCGUCCCGGAGACCCCACAAAAAGGGAGUAACGACGAGAACUACGAGGACGAUAAUCGAGUCCAGGAAACACCUGAAAAAACGGAUAGAAAACUUGAACACAGGCUGGUAACUCCAUUGAGUUGUGUAUCGAACGAAAUCGUGAUACCACGUUUGCAUCGUCGCAAAUCUUUGUGUCUCCUCGAUAGUGAAAAAACGCUCUCACCGGAGCGCAGAGAAAAUCUAUUGAAAAGACGAGCUAUUGAUUACCCUCAAUCAGCAGGUGCUAAAAUCCCAAAAACCGAUGACAGUUAUUCAUCCUCCGUGCCGAAAGCACGCGCGUCUUUGUUCCCAGAAACAGAGAAAAGUGAUUCCAGUCCGAAAGGGAUAACGAGCGAUUUCACAAUAAGUGCUAAAUCGUUCUACAAGAAUACCAUCGAAAAAAGGGGAUAUUCGAUUGGUAACGUCGAUAACACUGUCAUUGAACCUGCUAAGAAACGUCAUAGUAUGCCUUCUUAUGUAACCCAUCAUUCUCACAGCAGAAGAGCCCCUAGAAGAUCAGCUGUGCGACGAGGCGAGAUGAAUUCCGGGGUAAGGCAUGGCAUUAAAAGACCAAAACCGAAACGUCACAUAUCUAGAGUCGAAGCUUUCAAAACAAAGAACAACAAAACUGAAUCGAAGGGGAGUGAUGAACAGCAGAUAGAAAAAUCGCCUGAAAUUCGACCAGAACCAGCAAAAAUCAUUGUUGAUCCAGCACCUCGACCUGCGCCCCCUUCUCCGGUUGUUGAUCCAAACAAAAGAUUCUUCAAAACCAACAGAACUCUAAAAUCUCAAAACGUUGCCACUGUCACAGUCAACAACAAGAUCAAACUCAAAGUAUCCGAUGGUAAAAUUGCCCUCAACGAGAAACACUCGCCCCACGUUAAAAAUCCUCACAAGAGACCACGCUUAGAGGAGAUGACUUUUGAUGCGACCGACUUAACGGUCGAUGAACCAAAUCUCGAUUCCUCCACGGAAACGAGGAACAAUGUUGUCGAUGGUAUUCUUAAAGUUCUUGAAAACGAUUGGGCUGAUGACGAUUAUGACACAAUGGAAACUCUCACCAAUUUGUCACCUACUAGAAAUGAAUCUCAAGAAAUGGCCCAAAAUAGUUGUCAAAACAUCUUGAUGUCACCUGCCAGCGUUCUAAGCAAUAUGACUCUUUCCAUGAACAUCCAAGAUACUUCAAAUGGUACCAAAGCUUCUAACAAUACUAAUUCGGAGAAGAAACUUUAUCCUUUGUUCGAGAAAGGAUAUACUGCUAACAUUGGAGACGAGAAUUCUAUGGCCAACAAGAAAAAGAACGAGCGGGGUACCAAGCGAUCUUGGCAAACAUCUGUGAAAGGUGGUGGUGCCGAAGAUCAAUAUCAGAUCGAUGCUGGCCAAAAACGAUUCGGUGCUACGACGUGCAACGAGUGCGGAAUCGUCUAUCAACUAGGUGACCCAGAGGACGAGAACGCUCAUCUCAAUUAUCACAAUAACGUGAAAAGUCUCAAGUUCAAUGGUUGGAAGCAGGAACGCGUUGUUUGGACGGAUCCCCUCACAAACAGUCGCAUAAUCAGUAUCGAACCAGGUGAUUCGAAACAAUGCUGGAAAAAAGUCGAGCAAGUUCUCACGGUUGUUGAUGAGGAUCUUGGAUUGGCCGAGAUGGAACUAACGGGCUAUCUCGAUAAAAGAAUAUAUUUCUACGUCAGGGACAAAGCUAUUUUGGGAGUACUUGUCGCCGAGAACAUCAAAGUUGCUCAUCGUAUGAUUCCCGAAUUUGCGGACUUGAAUUGUUGCUCGGCCGAAGAUACCGCAGCGAAAUGUGGAGUCAACGUUAUAUGGACCGCGAUGAGUCAUCGCCGGCAACACAUAGCGACUAAGCUCCUCGAUAUUUUGAGAACAUGCUAUUUCUUCGGGUACAUCAUGUCACUGGAAGACAUUGCCUUCUCCAUGCCAACACCUAGCGGAAAGAUCUUUGCCGAGAAGUACACAAAGACGCCUAACUUCAAAGUCUACAGUUAGAGAAUUCUUCGAUUUUAUUUCUCCUUAUUCUUCAAUUUUUCAUUUAUAUGUAAGAAUUUUUGUUUUUUUCUCCCUUUGAGAUUCCUAAAAUUUAUAAUAAUGUUGGAUAUUUCCGAGGUAUUGAUCCGACGUAAACUUUUUUCGCUAUUCCAUUAUUUUUAUCAACGCCACCAAAUUGGCAUUUUAAUUUCAUUAAUAAAUUUUUCAUCGACCAAUGUGCGAAAAUAUCGGAAAUUCCGAUUAGUAUCGAACAUAUUUCUCGUGUUAUUUUCGAAUUUGCUUAAUAAUAAAAAUCUUUUAAACUCGCGCUUAAAUGUCUCGGAAUUACCGAUUCGAUGUUUUUAAGAGAAAAUUAGAGCAGCGUGAAUUUCUCUACAAAUAAAUUAACCAGUGUCUCCAGUCAAUAGCAUCUAAUUGUUGCGCGUUAAAAAAAGUUUUAAAAAUUUCAGAGCAACGAGAAUCAAACUUGAUUAUUUUUGUAAAAGAGAGGUACAUUUCAAAGCUCUUUUCCUCUGUACGAAACGCCUUUGUAAACGAGACUCCGGAAUUGCCAAUUAGUACAACGGACAAAAAACUAAGUCUGUCACAUGUAGAGGAGCCUAAUUUUUAAUAAGGAUAUACACAUGUAUCUGCGAGAAAAAUAUAUAUUUAUUCUUCGUA